AGGUAGGCUUUGGUACCUGAGGGUCACUACUUCCAUCGAGCCAGCCGCUCUCAGCUCCUACUGCUGUGCUUGCCAGAUCUACUGAUGCAGCUCAUUAUAGGUCAGGAAGGCAAUGGGGACUGCCACCUACAUGUAUCUUACCUUACCUAUACUUCCAGUUCAGGUCUACACCACUACAGAGCCGCAGCAUUUCAACAUCAAGUCCGGUACCUCAUCAUUAGAAAACAUACCACAAACCAUCGCACGCCUACAUCGCUUAGAGGCCUCAUUUUCAUCACAGACAUGUCCAACGCCUUUGCUACAUCAGCAAUGCGCACCGCUCUCGAGCUGGCUACUCAAGCAACAGCAGCCAAUGGACACAGUCUGCAACCACCUCCAUUUCCGUUGAUGCAACUGCCGAAGGAGUUGCGCGACAUCAUUUAUCAGAAAAUGGCAGAAGACAUCCAUAUCGUGAGUGUGAACCAGCGCCUGGACUACACAUUCCUUCGCUCUCACAUCCCGAUCCUGCGAAGCAGUAAACUCCUCGAGAAGGAUUGCCUUCGCCAGCUGCUGCAGUACGCAGUAAUCGAGCUCCGCGUCCGACACGAAGGACUAUCAGGUGUGGCCAGGAACACGCGCUGCAUCUUAUCGCCGUACCGUCGCUCAUUGUUUCUUCUUCAUCCUCUACGGUACGAAGUCAUGCUGGUCCAACCCGUACCUCCACUUUCCGCAAUGCCGUCGAACCCCCAAGGAACAUUCAGUCGAUUGAAGCCAUCACACUCACAUCGAGCCUACUACCAUCGCGCAGAAGUCAUGCUCCGCACAAAUCUCCGACUGCCACUCGGUACCAUACCCCCCCGUGCGAUGAUGCAUAUGGACAGGGAUCCCGCAUGGUACACGGCACUUUCGAGAAACCAGAAUUUGUACGUCGUCUUCGCAAGUCGAGCUGUCCCUGCAGGCAUAUACCUCAAGCGCUGGAUUCAGAUGUUGGAAGACCUACAGCCCGAAUUGCGAUUUCACUAUCGGGUUCGGGUGCCUAGCAAUCAGCAAUGCACAUGUCCUUCGGGUCCAUGCCUUCAGGAGUUGCAAAAUGGGAGUCAUUUGAGGGCCGCUCGAGGACUCCUUCGGUGGCAUUGUGCCGAUGCGAUAGUAGAAAGGGAGCUUGUAGCGAUUGCAGAGGCUUACGAUAUAGCGGGUUGUCUUGCGUUUAGGUCUUGA